AUGAGGGAGCACCAGCUGCAGCAGCCCGGCACGCUCUUCCUCCUCAGGAACCCGCUCGUGGUCGCCUCCAGGACGAUGCGCCGCGGCAUCCGCGGCUUCUGCCAUGGCGUCGGCUCCACGUCCACACAGCAGCACCUCCACGCCAGCAUCGACCACCAGCAGCUGGCCAGCGGGGGUGCCGAUGCCGACGCAGCGUCGUCUUCCUUCAUGACCGUGCCGUCGUCCGUCGUGGGCUCCUGCGCGGCCGAGAGCGAGGCGGCCACCGGUGGAGGCCCGCAUGCGGCGGCCGCGGUCACCCUGGAACAGAUGAUCCUGCAGCUGGACCUGGAGGAGGAGGCCGCGGCGGCCAGAAAGGCGCGGCGCGUGGCGGCGGCAGUGCUGGAGGAGGACCGCUACCACCCUCGCCGCAUGUCGUGCGUGAACAGCUCCGACCACGUGCUCCGCUCAGCGCGGGACGCGCUCAGCCAGUACCCGCGCUUCUCCCUCGACGGCCGGGACGCCAUGUGCCGCGCGUCGUUCAGCAGCUACCACGAGGGCAUGGGCGUCGCCGGCCCCGUGCUCCGAGAUAGCCGAAACAUCCCUGCAGACCGCGACGGCAGUCGGCACCGGAGGGCGUCAGUCUGCUGCGCCGCCGCCGGCGCGGGGCACUGCAGAGCGAAAGAGUGCGGUAUGGAAGGCUACGAGAUGGACCUGGAGCGGACACUGCGGAUGCCGUCCACGGUGGCUGGGGAGAGCGUGGUGUGGUGCAAGCCCGGCGUCGUGGCCAAGCUCAUGGGCCUCGAUUCCGUGCCCGUGCCCAUCGGAGGAGGGCAGCGCGGCGGCAUUGCCGGCGCUAGAAGGAAGGCCAAUUGGGCACCGCAGGGAUCGACGCUCGGCGGCGGCGUGAGGAAGCAGAGAUCAAGGAGGAUGGGCAUAGAGGAGCUGGAGAAGGAAAGGCUCUUCAUGGCACUCCAUGGCUACCUCGGGUCGGGCGCCAGCGCCCUACGGGCAACCGCGGGCCCUGAUGUCAGUGGGUUUGGAAGGGACGGGGAAGGUUGGGAAUUCCGGGUUCCUAGCUAA